GGUUGACGUCACAACAAUUUUCUCUCUCCUCAACUCCAAACCUUUGCUCUGCAUCUCCUUCAUCCUCCUCCCGCAUUCUCCCUCUUAAAACCCUAACAACAAAAGCAGCGUCUUGUAGUGGUACUUGUAUCUAUUGUCGACGCCGCCCUUGCCAACCACCCCUCCUUCUCUACUGCUGCUAUUCUCGGUUGUAUACUUGUAUGAUGGAGCCAAUGGACAUAGUAGGCAAGGCAAAAGAAGAUGCUUCACUUCCAAAAGCGACAAUGACUAAAAUAAUAAAGGAGAUGUUGCCCCCAGAUGUCCGUGUAGCUAGAGAUGCUCAAGACCUACUAAUUGAAUGUUGCGUUGAGUUUAUAAAUCUUGUUUCAUCAGAAUCAAAUGACGUUUGCAACAGAGAAGAAAAACGAACAAUUGCACCAGAACAUGUACUCAAGGCUUUGGAGGUUCUUGGUUUUGGGGAGUAUAUUGAAGAGGUUUAUGCUGCAUAUGAACAACAUAAAGUGGAGACAAUGCAAGAUGGAGUUCGAGGCGGUGGUGGUGGAAAGUGGGGCAAUGCUGCCGAGAUGACCGAGGAAGAAGCUGCUGCUGAGCAGCAGAGGAUGUUUGCGGAGGCUCGUGCAAGAAUGAAUGGGAAUGUACCUCUUCCCAAACAAUCAGAUACCGACCCUAACCCAGAGAGCUAACUUUUAGGAUGGUAGAUCUUUGUUUUCUUUAAAUCAUAGGCAAAAGCACCCAUUAACAUCUGUGCGGCUGGCCUCAUAUUUUCUUGUACAAAGUUGAGGCAAGAGCUCUGGCCUGUGUUUAAAGCCUUUAUAAAUGUGUAUCUCAUCAAUUAUCCUGUUCAUAAAUGAAUGUAAUUAGUGAGUGUGUUUCACCUUCUUGGUGGUUACAUGGCUCUUAGAGAGGGUACAUAUUGUUAUAAAUGGAGAAUUCUACCUUUAGUUUUCACUUGGUAUAGGGAAUGACUAGUACACCGCCCUCUUCUCUAGUCAUUACCAGUUGUAUUGCUGGCUGUAGUUGAACCGCAGAAUGUGUAGAAUAAUUCUUUCUUUUCUAUAUCUUGAAUGCAGGGAAUUGUUUUUGUUA